AUGGCGUCGCAGCGACCUCGUGCGGGCGAUGGGAGGAGUGAGGGGGUGAUGAGAGCACGGGGCGAGGGUGCGAGCGCGGGUGGGGGCAUGGGCCGACCGCAAGGAGGGGGCGGGACGGGAGGGGGGGACGGGCGGGAAAGGGCGAUGGGAGAGGGCGAGGGGGGUUGGCGAGGGAAGAUGCGAGGUGUGGGGGAAGAGGGGGACGGGCGCGGCAGCGGGCGCGGGGCAUCACGGGGGCUAGCGGGGCUGGAGACGGCGGGCGCCCGCGAGAGCGUGGUGCUGGUGGGGGCGGCGGCGUGGGUGGUGGCGCGGGUGGCGCUGCGGGGAGUGCUGCCAGGCGGCACUGUGGCGGCCAUGGCGGCUGUGUGGGCCGCCGCUGUGGGCGCUGAGUGCCGCGGCUGGGGAGCGGCCUUCCACGUGCUGCAGCCCAGGCUGGGCGCAUCCUCGCCGGGGCUGCACCUCGCUGCCAUCACGCCCUCCGCUGCCAUUGCCGCUGUCUGCGCCCUGCACCGCUCUGCACCGCUUUCUACUCCUCCCUCGUUCCCCCCCUGGCUGCUGGUGCUGCUGCACGCGUCCUUGGCGACCUCGCUGACUGCAGUGGCCGGCACGGCAGCCGCUGCUGGCCACCCUGCGCUGCGCCGAGCAGCACUCGAGCAGGCAGCAGCCAAGGGAGGGACGGCCGAGGACAGUGGAGGGGGGGAGGAGGGGGGCAGGAGAGGGCAUGCAGGGGGCAGAAGGAGGGGCGGGGGACGCGAGGAGGGCAGCGACGGGGGGCGCAUGGAUGCGGGCGUGGGGGCGUUCGAGCGGCGCUUCUUCGGCGCGUGGCUGGCCGCCGGUGCUGCUGCCGUGCUGCUGCUCUGCCAUGCCCAUGCUGACGUGGCAUGGCGGAUGGCAGCAGGUGAGGUAGAGGUGCAGAUGGAAUGCUCGGGGGCGG